AUGCAUCCAGCAGCGUACAAGCACAAAUUGGUACAUCACGAUGAUCCCAAAUGUAAGGCGGGAUUUUAUGGCGUUAAUUGUCGGCAGACGUGUAGUGGUAAUUGUGUGGACAGACAGCCUUGUGGAAGAGUCCGUGGGCAUUGUAGGAACGGCUGUACUGAUAGUUGGUCUGGUUUACGCUGUGAUUACACUGUACCAUCCUUACAGACGAGUACAUCACAGACUCCUGGAUCAGAACUCCCCUCCUAUGUCCUGUAUGUAGCCCUUACUGUUACUUCAGUCAUCAUACUUGGGGCAGGUGUUUCUGUCCUGGUUUGCUGUAUGAGGAAAAAACAAAGAAGAAGACUUUCAUCAACGAAUUGGGACAAAAAUGAACGCAGUGAAAACGACAAGAUAUUCAAUAUCGAUAACGAAAUAUAUGAUUCAAUAUAUGAACAACCGAUAGAACAGGAUAGCGAGCGGCCGCCAUCUUAUCGCUCUGUAGACCAUGCAUAUGAGGAGAUGAAACCAGACCCAGUCAAUGAUUAUAUAGAGAUCACUGAAUGAAUAUUACAUAUGCUACAAGGGA